UUGCUUUACACACCAUGAAUUUUUGUUAAAAGUUUUUAUUUUCAAAAAAAAAAAAAAAAAAAUCAAAAAUUCCAAAUUUGUUCAAUCUGAUGAAAUUGAGAAGUUUUUUUUAACUUUUUUAAAAUUUAUAAUAAUUGGAAAAUUAUUCGUUAAGUGUAUGAAAAGGAACUAUAUAAUUUGUCUGAAUAACUAUGACAGUGAUGAAGAAUAAAAAUUAUUAAUGUUCAUCAAAUAUUGAAGAAGUCUAAUUUUGAUAUUUUUCUUUUUUUAAUUUCAUAUUUAUUUAAACAACAAUUUCUAUUAAUUUGAUUUGAAAUUUACUAAAAUAAUGGCACAAACAGAAGAAAAUACACCUACUAUUUCCACUCGAUUUAAACAAUAUUUUAAAGAAGCACCAUUUUUUUGUAAGAUUAUUGAAGUGAUAUUUUGUGUCAUUUCGGUGGGAUUGAUUAUUGAUCCAUUCAAUGAUCAAAUGCAACAAAAUUUGAAUCAUGCAGGAAUGAUUUAUGUUUCGAUUUGUGGAUAUAUAAUGAUCAACUUGAUUGUUAUCAUUUGCUACCUCUAUGGAGAAAAAAUGAAUAAGACAAUGGCAUUAGUUUUCUCUGGAUUGGGAGCAAUAAUGUGUUUUGCGGCAGGAGUAAUACUUAUCUACGAUUGGAAGAAUUUUCAAAACAAUUACAUUUCUCGAUACUACGAUCAAUAUCUCGAGCAAAUGCUUGCUAGUGGAAUUUUUGCCAUUUUAGCAGCUUUUGUUUUUGCUAUCGAAACGUAUAUUAUCUACAAACAAAAUGAAAUUAAAUAAUAAUAGUGCCUUUAUCAGGGUUAUUGCCCUUUUUUUUAAAAACAACUGAAUUCAUUGAAUUUAAUGCCUAGAACGACCAAUAAUAUUUCAUGGAUAAAAUAUGAAGGAAAUAAUAAAAUUAAUUUCAAAUACAAUCGACAUUUUUUAACAUGAAUUUUGAUAUCAGCAUUGUUUUUUUCUAAAAGCUAUUAUUAUAAUUAUUUACUUUUAUUAAUAUUCUAUAAAUAAA